UUGGCCGCAGGGGGCGGAAUCUGCGGCGGCCUGGAAAACUGGCUGGGGCGAAAGGCGCCGCUCUCUCUCUGGUCAAGCUCUCGCCUCCCGGUUCCCAGCUCCGACGCGGAGCUGUUUCUCAAACAACGCGCAGCAGAGACGGGUUGGUGUCAGGACGCUGGAGGCAGUGUCGUUGGAGCCACCCGCAGUCCGCAGCCCCACUAAGCCUGCAGGCCUCCGGGAUGGAGCCGCCGCUCCCAGUCGGAGCCCAGCCCCUUGCUGGUUUGGAGAUGAAGGGUCCUCUCCGGGAGCCCUGCGCCCUGACCCUAGCCCAGAGGAACGGGCAAUAUGAGUUAAUAAUCCAGUUGCAUGAGAAGGAACAGCAUGUCCAAGAUAUCAUUCCUAUAAAUAGCCACUUCAGAUGUGUUCAAGAAGCAGAAGAAACUCUUUUGAUUGACAUUGCUUCAAACAGUGGCUGCAAAAUUCGGGUUCAGGGGGACUGGACCAGAGAGCGUCGCUUUGAAAUCCCUGAUGAGGAACAUUGUUUAAAGUUUCUCUCAGAGGUCCUUGCUGCUCAGGAAGCUCAGUCACAGCUUCUUGCUCCAGAGCAAAAAGACUCAUCUAGCUGGUACCAGAAAUUAGACACUAAGGACAAACCUUCUGUUUUUUCAGGGCUUCUUGGAUUUGAGGAUAAUUUUUCAUCUAUGAACUUGGACAAGAAAAUAAAUUCACAAAAUCAGCCUAUGGGGAUUCAUCGGGAACCCCCACCUCCACCUCCUUCAUUGAAUAGAAUGCUUCCACGUGAAAAAGAAGCUUCUAACAAAGAACAGCCCAAAGUGACCAACACCAUGCGGAAGCUCUUUGUACCAAAUACCCAGUCUGGCCAGCGGGAGGGUCUCAUCAAACAUAUCCUGGCAAAACGAGAAAAAGAAUAUGUCAACAUUCAUACUUUCAAAUUUUUUGUUGGAACUUGGAAUGUGAAUGGCCAGUCUCCAGAUAGCGCGUUAGAACCCUGGCUGAACUGUGAUCCGAAUCCUCCUGAUAUCUACUGCAUUGGAUUCCAGGAGCUGGAUUUGAGCACAGAGGCCUUUUUCUACUUUGAAUCUGUGAAGGAACAAGAGUGGUCCAUGGCUGUGGAAAGGGGUUUGCAUUCCAAAGCCAAGUAUAAGAAAGUUCAAUUAGUUCGCCUUGUUGGGAUGAUGCUCCUUAUAUUUGCCAGAAAGGAUCAGUAUCGUUACAUCCGUGAUGUUGCUACAGAAACAGUUGGAACUGGAAUCAUGGGGAAAAUGGGAAACAAAGGUGGGGUAGCUGUGAGAUUUGUGUUUCACAACACUACUUUCUGCAUUGUUAAUUCCCACCUGGCUGCCCAUGUGGAAGACUUUGAGAGAAGGAAUCAAGAUUAUAAGGACAUCUGUGCAAGAAUGAGUUUUGUGGUCCCCAAUCAGACCCUUCCACAACUGAACAUUAUGAAACAUGAUGUUGUAAUUUGGUUGGGAGAUUUGAACUACAGACUUUGCAUGCCUGAUGCCAGUGAAGUGAAAAGUCUUAUUAGUAAGAAUGAUCUUCAGAGACUCUUGAAAUUCGAUCAGCUAAAUAUCCAGCGCACACAGAAAAAAGCUUUUGUAGACUUCAAUGAAGGGGAAAUCAAAUUUAUCCCCACUUACAAGUAUGACUCGAAAACAGACCGAUGGGAUUCCAGUGGAAAAUGUCGGGUUCCAGCUUGGUGUGACAGAAUUCUUUGGAGAGGAACAAAUGUUAAUCAGCUUUAUUACCGGAGUCACAUGGAACUGAAAACCAGUGACCACAAGCCUGUUAGCGCCCUCUUCCAUAUUGGGGUGAAGGUAGUGGAUGAACGGAGGUACCGGAAAGUCUUUGAAGAUAUUGUACGCAUCAUGGACAGAAUGGAAAAUGACUUCCUUCCUUCCUUAGAACUCAGCAGGAGGGAGUUUGUGUUUGAGAAUGUGAAGUUUCGGCAGCUACAAAAGGAGAAGUUCCAGAUCAGCAACAAUGGACAGGUUCCCUGCCAUUUUUCUUUCAUCCCUAAACUUAAUGACAACCAGUACUGCAAGCCAUGGCUUCGGGCUGAACCUUUUGAGGGCUACUUGGAGCCAAAUGAGACAGUGGACAUUUCUCUUGAUGUGUAUGUCAGCAAAGACUCUGUGACCAUACUGAACUCAGGGGAAGAUAAGAUUGAAGAUAUUCUUGUCCUUCACCUGGAUCGAGGAAAAGAUUACUUUUUGACCAUCAGUGGAAAUUACCUCCCAAGUUGUUUUGGUACAUCCUUAGAAGCUUUGUGCCGAAUGAAAAGACCAAUCCGAGAAGUUCCAGUUACCAAACUCAUAGACUUGGAAGAAGACAGCUUCCUAGAAAAGGAGAAAUCUCUUCUGCAGAUGGUUCCCUUGGAUGAAGGUACCAGUGAAAGACCACUUCAGGUACCCAAGGAGAUCUGGCUUCUAGUAGAUCACUUAUUCAAAUAUGCCUGUCACCAGGAGGACCUGUUCCAAACUCCUGGAAUGCAGGAAGAGUUACAGCAGAUAAUUGAUUGUCUGGAUACCAGCAUUCCUGAGAAAAUUCCGGGCAGUAAUCACUCUGUGGCUGAAGCACUGCUCAUUUUCCUGGAAGCCCUGCCAGAGCCAGUUAUCUGUUAUGAGUUAUAUCAGCGAUGUCUUGACUCUGCUCAUGAUCCUCGAAUCUGCCGACAGGUAAUUUCUCAUCUGCCAAGAUGCCAUAGAAAUGUUUUCCGUUACUUGAUGGCAUUCCUUCGAGAACUCUUGAAAUUCUCUGAGUACAACAAUGUCAGUGCCAACAUGAUCGCCACUCUCUUCACUAGUCUUCUCCUAAGGCCUCCACCCAACCUUUUGGCAAGACAGACUCCAAGUGACCGCCAGCGUGCCAUCCAGUUCCUUCUGGGCUUUCUGCUUGGGAGUGAUGAAGACUAAGUCUUUUCUUCUCCAAAAUUCUAGAGGAGAAAGAUCUUGGGCUCCAAGUAUUUCAGAAUGAUUUGAGAAGGCAUGCCACAGGAAGGGUCUAUUGCAGGAUCUCAGGUUCUGUUAAUAGUGCAAAAGAAAGAGAGUUUCUUAAUCCCUUCUUUACCAUAUUCUACACAGCAAAAUACUUUUAGACUUAUAUUGCCAAGCCAAAGUUACCAUAUUUUGGUGUUUUUGUGUUUUCUCUUUAUAAGGCAAAGAGGUCUGUAUUUACACUCCUUUAUCUAGGGAUAUGUUUGUUGCCCUUCAACCCAAUUGUCAUGAUUGUCCUUAGUCAUAGGCCUAGACUCUGAGAUGUUUCCGUUCUAGGCCUAUAAGCACUACUUCCUAUAUCUCAGACUUGUCUGUAGUCCUUCGUAUAAUGCACUUUUGACCCACUCCUCCCCAUGUCACUCCUUUGCACUCCCCUUCACUCAUUCUAUGACUUCAAAGGAAGCCUGGUUGAGGCUAAUGACUCCUUGGAUGUCCUUAACAGUGAGUUCAAUGUUUGUAAGUGGUCAUUACAUGCAUUUGUGCAUUUCUACUACAAUGGCAUCUAUAUGUCACUGUUAUUGGCCUUUUUGUGGAUCCGCACUGGGUGGAACCAUUUUUCUUGUCUCAGAUCACAUUUAGUAACAUAACUUUAGGAGUUAUAGAGAUGGCAUCACAUUGAUAUAAGAGAAUCACAGUCAGAGUGGAAACACUUUGAAUAUUUCAGGAGUGAGAGUAUUCACAUUUGAUAAGUCCUGUUUCCUACUCUCCCUUUCCUAGUAUUAUUUACAUUUUAUAUGAGGAUCAAUCCUGGGUACUAGGGGACCCAUCUCCCACUUGGAAAUCCACCUCUAAUGGUGGGCACAGUGGUACAUGCCUGUAAAUCCCAGCAACUUGGGAAACUGAGGCUGGAGGAUCGCAAGCUUGAGGCCAAUCUCAGCAACUUAGCGAGACCCUGUCUCAAAAUUUAAAAAAAGACUGGGAAGGUAGCUCAGUGGUAAAGCAACACUAGGUUCCAUCCCCAGUGCCAAAAGAAAAGAAAGAAAAAAUCACCUCCAGAGCAACACUUGCCAUUUUCACUACAUUGUAAGAGGGAGUCUGUGUGCCUCUAGCAGCCCCCUCUGGAGCUAUUGCUCCACCCACAGCAAGGAUAUUGAGGAUAACCCUUAGAACCCUUCUUCAAUCUUCUGAAGUACCAAGGGACAUGUGUUACCCCACCCCAGCGGGGCUGACUUUGAGCUCCAUAUCUGGCUCCUUCAAGUAAAGGAUGUAGAAGACUCCCUUUGGCUCCCAGUCACUGUAUCCAGUACUGUGUAAGAGAGAUUGAUCAGUGAGACCAACCAUAAACCUUGCCUUGCUCACCCAAGAUAACCCUCUGAAUGUUUCAUUCAUUCAAGCUUUAUGGGACAGCCUUUUAAAAAAUGAAUUUGUUGAUUGACAAACAAGCCACGAGCCACUGACUGCAAAACUCCCUGAUGCAAUUGACUUCCUCCUGGUUUUCUUUCAUUAAAACCACUCCAAGCUGAUUUACUCUGCCCUGUUAACAUUAGAUUCCAGGAGCAUAAUAUAUAGACUGUGCAAUCUUGGGCUUUGAUUCCUUGACUCUUCUAGAGCAUCCAAUGAGAGGGCCAGGGGAAACUCUACCACUGAAUGGUUCUUCGAUUCUUCAAUCUCUUGAAAGUUGAGUUCUUUGGGGGAAGAAAAGGUAUGUAUACUGUGAUAUACUGGUUAAACCCUUUCCUGAUUGGGACUGAGAGAAAUUAGAGUCAAACUACUGGUGCCAGAUACCUUAAGGUCUAAUAGGUCAGGGCUGGGUGGUGAACUUAGUUAAUGGAAGACUGAGAGCAGAACAUUUUUCUCAUCUCCAGUAGUCCACAAAGUGAUCACAGAAAGAGGCAGGUAAUAGGAGCUAGAUAAUAGGAGCUGAGACAGAGUCCUAACACAGGGAAGUGGUUUUGGGGGGCCUGUUUUCUAAUGUGUUUCCAACUUGGGGUCUUUGGGUGACCAAGGGUAUGGUGAGUAGGAGCUCUGUGCAGCACACAUAUAGCUCUCUUUCUUAAUCAGGUCAAAGCACUAAGUGGUUUACUGCCUCAACCUUUUUUCCAGCUCAUCCUGGGAUAUAUACAGGGUUGAGGGUUUUAGACAAUCUCUAGGUAGAGGAGAGAAGACAGACCAGACAUAAGAAAUCUGUUUUCCUCCCAUGCCUGUCCCAGCAUCCCACCCUCUAAUUCCUAAGUCCACCAAGGUACUAUUUCGUAGUCUCUCCAAAUUAAGGAUUUCAGAUUCAACUGGUAGGGAGGGACUCUGCACCUGUUGUUUUAGGAUGAAAUGGUUCAAACCCCUGAGGUGACAUUGCAUUAGCCUCCCUUUCACUGUUUUCUGAUUCUUAUUCUGUAAUUGUUUGUUAUAUUUCCCCCAAAACGUCUUAAUCACUAAGCAAAGCUGCUAGUGGGAUUCUGUAUUUUGUGUCAUCUUUUUUAUUAUAAUUUAUUGCAAAUUCUUUUCUGAAUAAAUAUAUGUUGUGUGAAAAAUCAAAAUGUGAUAUUGGUGAAAAAGAACUGAGGAGGGAAGCUUAUAUCACUGGGUCUCACUUGAUUUUGCUGUAGUCUCCAUCAGAUAUGCCUUUGCUGUGAUCUUCUAUCUUACAGGGAAGUAUCAUUUAUAGGAAUUCUCAGGCUGACUGUAGCUCAGUGAUGAAGCAUUUGCCUGACAUACGCACAGCCUUGAAUUUGAUCCCUAGCACUGAAACAAACAAACAAAAAUGCUUUUCAGUGUAUUUGCUCACAGAGAUGAGAAGCCAUGUAUUUUUAGAAGCCAAUAAAGAAGUAACACUGGCCGGGGGUAUAGCUCAAUGGUAGAGCCCUUGCCUAGCAUGCUCCAGGCCCUGGGUUUCAUCCCCAGCAUUGCAAAACACAUUUUAAAAAGUCAUAUGCUUUCACUGGCCAACCAGAUACCCUUAUUUUAAUCCUAAGCACUCAGGCAACAAAAGGAAAGGAUGUAGAUCAUUUUGUUAGAUUAGGGCUAGCUGUGUUGCCCAGACUGGCCUUGAAUUCCUGGGCUGAAAGGAUCCUUCCUCAGCCUCCUUUGUUACUGGGACUACAGGUACAUGCCACUGCACCCAGCUGUAUGUUGAAGUUUAAUGCACAUAAAUUUCACACUAGGUCAGAUCCAUGAUCCUUCCAGCCUCAGAAGUUUGACAAACUCUUAGCAUACAUAUUUGGAGAAAACCCAGUUGUCCUUGUUGACAUAACCUCAGUAGGUUAACCAUGACUCCAAAAGAGCUUGUUUUCACAUAAUUCAUUUUGCAGCUUUUGAAAGCCAGCUUUGAAUUUUUAUUAUCUUUUGGAAUGAUGAAGUACAUAAAUUUAGUACUUUGGGAGUCUCUAAUCUAAGCUACCACUUAGAGAGGAUACCCUGGAUCUGAGCAGGGUGCCAUUGUUUCCCAGCAAAUCUCCAUUAUGAAUUUGUAGUUCUGAUUUCAUUCCCUUUGAGACUGAAGAGGCCUCAGUUGGAGGCUUCUUCACAACCAGGGCACUCUUCCAGUUCCUUCCAACUGUGAGCUUGACCCUGAUGAAUGUGCUGACUCAGUGUUAUCAGGAAUAGUUUUUCUAACCCCACCCAAAUGCUUGGCAGAAGAAGGUGUUUCAUUUUGAGAGUGACCUCCCCCUCAGCAGCAUUUUUCCCCAGUACUGGGGGGUUGAACCCAGGGGUACUUUACCACUGAGGUACAUCCCCAGUCCUUUUUUAUUUUGAGACAGGUUCUCUCUAAAUUGCCAAUGCUGUUCUCAAACCUGCAACUCUCCUGCCUCAGCCUCCCAGGUCACCGGGAUUACAAGGUGUGCACCACUGCACCUGGCAAUGCCCAGCAGUUUUUACACAGUGACUGGCAGUGUGGCAUAGGAGGCAUGAUAAACAUCCUUUCCUGAGGUUGCAGGAAACUACAUCCUGAAUAUUGGGUUUCUGUUACAGGAGAUCCAUUAGGGCCUGUCUGAUAUCAAGGCAAGUUGAAGAAUUGGCUCUUAGUGUUCCCUAAUAAUCCAAAGCUGCACACUGUAACUGUGAAAUCACAAAAUGUCUGGGAGAGAAAUUUAGUGCUGACCUAAUUCAAUCUCAUUGUUUAAAUGGGGAAAGUCUUGGGACAAUGAUUGACCUAAAGUCACUUAGGUUAGUGACACAGUACAGCAGAGUGGGAAAAAAAAGCUUGAGCUUUGAAGUUAGAUCUGGUUCAAUGAACACUCUUAACCUAAACUCCCCACUUAACAUUUUGCCAUAAUUGCUUUAUCUCAAAGGGGUCUGGUUUAUUGCAUGUGACUUUGGACUAGCUAACCUCUUGUUUUCUUGCCUAUAAAAUGGAAUAGGCAUAGUAUUGAUCUUACAUGACUUAAUUAUGUGAGUCUCUUCAUUUCCUUGUUAAAAACCUUUCAGGGGCUUCCCAGUGCAUUUAGAAUAAUAUCAAAACUUUCCCAUGGCCUACAAGACCCUGCAUUAAGUGAGAAAUAAUUAAAGUUCCCAGCAUAGUAUCUUGCACAUAGAAGAUGCUAAAUAGAUUCCCACUUCCCCAGCUUUCUCCUCUGUUAUAUUGACUGAACUUAAUACUUUAGAUCUCCCUUUUGAUGAUAACCUUGUCAGGUAGGUAAGAUCAGGCCAAUGGUCAGCCUGUUCAACUCCCCUACACACACCAGACAUGCCAUCACAUACUUUUUAUAGUUCUGUAUUUUAGAAUUUUCCCAUAAACCU